GUGAUGGUUACAAGAUGGCGGCGCUGAAGGAGGCUCGGAGUUACGGGCUGUCGUGCGGGCGCGUGAGCGACGGCAGCAGGGUGUCGGUGUUCCACGUGAAGCUCACCGACAGUGCCCUGAAGGCUUUCGAGAGCUACCGGGCUCAUCAGGAUUCUGUGUCCCUGAGACCAUCCAUCCGGUUUGAAGGAAGCCAAGGACACAUCUCCAUACCCCAGCCUGACUGCCCCGAGGAGGUGCGGGCCUUCUCCUUCUACCUCUCCAACAUUGGCCGAGACAGCCCUCAGGGCAGCUUUGACUGCAUCCAACAGUAUGUCUCCAGCCAUGGGGAUGUUCACUUGGACUGUCUGGGCAGCAUCCAGGAUAAGGUCACAGUGUGUGCCACCGAUGACUCCUACCAGAAGGCCCGGCAGAGCAUGGCGCAGGCAGAGGAGGAGACUCGGAGCCGAAGUGCCAUUGUCAUUAAGGCUGGAGGCCGCUAUAUGGGCAAGAAAGUUCAGUUCCGGAAGCCAGCGCCAGGGACAACCGAUGCGGUGCCCUCCCGGAAACGGGCCACCCCCAUCAACCUGGCCAGUGCCAUCAGAAAGAGUGGUGGGAGUGGAGCCAGCAGUGUGGUUCUGAGGCCCUUCCGAGAUCGGGUGCUGCACCUCCUGGCCCUGAGGCCCUACAGGAAGGCUGAGCUGCUACUGAGGCUACAGAAGGAUGGUCUGACGCAGGCGGACAAGGAAACCCUGGACAGCCUGCUGCAGCAGGUAGCCAGUGUAAACCCCAAAGACGGCACAUGCACACUGCGGGACUGCAUGUACAAGGACGUGCAGAAGGACUGGCCCGGCUACUCUGAGGGUGACCAGCAGCUGCUGAAGCGCGUGCUCAUGCGAAAGCUGUGCCAGCCACAGAGUGCCAACUCAGACUCCACUGCCUCUAGCCCACCCCGGGAGCAUGGCCGCUCCGCCUCACCCUCUCAGGCUUCUCUGCUCACUUCUCAGAAACGACCUCAGUCCACAGACUUCAUUGACCCCCUGGCCAGCAAGAAGCCCCGCAUCUCACACUUCACACAGCGAGCACAGCCCACCCUCAAUGGCAAGCUGGGUGCCCCCAAUGGCCACGAGAUCCUGCUGCCUACCCUGGGGUCCACCCCUACGGACACCCUCAGCUCUAGCCAUUUGCCCCCACGGCUGGAGCCCCCACGGACCCAUGACCCCUUAGCUGAUGUCAGCAAUGAUCUAGGCCAUAGUGCCCAGGACUACAAGCACCAAGAGGCUACCCAAGCCCCAGCCCCAGCCUCAGCCCCUCACCUCAGCCUGCCCCUGCUGACGGACUUUUCCCAGUCUGAGCGACCUGCUGGCUCCUCGCACACCCAUAGCCGACCCAAGAAGAAGUCCAAGAAGCACAAAGACAAGGAACGGCCCCCUGAGGACAGGCCCUCCGCCCCACAGCCUGAUGCCCCUGCGCUGCUCCCAGAUACCCCAGGUCUGAAUGGAGCCUGUGCCAGUGUCCCCACGUCUACUUCUGAGACCACGGACUAUUUGCUGAAAUACCCCGCCAUCUCGUCAUCAGAGCAGCGUCAGAGCUACAAGAACGACUUCAAUGCUGAGUACAGCGAGUAUCGCAGCCUGCACGCACGCAUUGAGCAGAUCACGCGCAGGUUCACGCAGCUUGAUGCACAGCUCAGGCAGCUGAGCCAGGGCUCCGAGGAGUAUGAGACAACCCGUGGGCAGAUUCUUCAAGAAUACCGGAAAAUCAAAAAGACCAACACCAACUACAGCAGAGAGAAGCGACGCUGUGAGUACCUGCACCGCAAGCUGGCACACAUCAAGCGGCUCAUCGCAGAGUAUGACCAACGGCAGCUGCAGGCCUGGCCCUAGCGUGCUAGCGGGCAGUCCUGAUGCUCCGCCUGCCUUUUCUAGUUUUCUAUGAACUCGGCCCUUUCGCCGGCGCAGAGACCGUCUAUUUUUGUAUUUUUUCUACUCCGUGCCUCUCCACGGCCCACACCUCCAGGGUUAGAAGCUCCAGGGAAAGUCAGCAGAGUACCAGGUCCUGGUCACUGUAGCUCCCGGCUAUGCCCGAAACCCCCUGCAGUGCCCUCAGCAGCAUAUGGUCGUCAGCCCCCCACCCCCUGCAUACACACCUUCAUGUCACACCGAGGCUGUGUGGUCCUGUGCUGCUGGCCUCACUCUGUCCCUUCAUCCAUUUGUGGGUGAUGGGGUCCUCUCUGCUGGGUUCCCACAGGGCGGGGGGGGGGGCCUGAAAGUGGUGCCUUGCUUGCCUUUUCCAGGGCGCAGGCCUGUGGCCCCCAAUUGCUGCUUUCUUACUGUGCCUCGUCUUCUCAUACCCCAAAUCCUAGGGGCCGUUGGUGUGUGCGUGCGUCUAUGUGUGAGAGUGGGUUCUGAACUGUGCACAUUCAGAGAGAAGCUGUGCUGGAGAUACGCUGGGGGUGGCAGGGGCACUGCUACCCACGGUUGCAGAACGGGGAGGGCAGAAACUCAAAUACAGAUGUCUAUUUUUUGUCGUUAUUUUUGUUUUUUUUCGAGACAGGGUUUCUCUGUAGCUUUGGGCCUGUCUUGGAACUAGUUCUUGUAGACCAGGCUGGUCUUGAACUCACAGAGAUCCGCCUGCCUCUGCCUCCUGAGAGCUGGUGUGCCACCACCACCCGGCCCAGAUGUCUAUUUUUCUAAACCUCAGGGGUGUCUCUGGAUGGCUUCCAAAGAGCCUGGCAGCCAGGAAGCACCUGCCUGGUCCAGUUCUACCCCACACAGCUAUUAGUUUUCCUAUGGGAUCCCUGGGGUCCCCAGACCCUAGAGGAAACCGAUCCUUCAAUGUUUAGAUGACUGUUGGUUUCUAAAUGGGGCUGGGCCAGAUUCUGCACAGUGCGUUGUGCAGGCUCUGGGUACACCCAGCCCAGACUGCCCCUUUCCUGCCCUGGGAACUCCACCCAGGGACUAUCAGUUGAAUUGGUCUGAUUUGUUGUUCUGUUGUCUGUCUGAGAUUUAUGAAGGGAGGGCAGGGCCAGGCUCUGGAACUGCUGGUGCUGGCAGGUUAAAGAUGGUCUAACUUAUUGGUGGUCUCCGCCUUUGGACUGUACAGUGGAUAGUCUACUUUGAGCCAUGGACUUGGUGUUUACAGUCUUCACUUUUGCCAAAACGUUACAAUUGACAGGAGAAACGGUGCCUUCUUGGGACCCUUUCUCUGAACCUGCCUGUCUUUUGUACACUAAGCAGGUGAACCACCGACUUUUAAAGUCUAUAAUAAAUUUGAUGGACUCGCA